GAAGAUAGAAGAAGAAGAAGAGGGUCAACACACAGCUUCGCGCUUCUGCAUCUGUUGUGAUCCGGCUGAACAAAGAUUGUCCAAACACACAGAAAACCUCCUGCUGAGAUCUACACAUUGUUAUAAAGACGGCGUUUAUUAAAGUGGAGAAUGAAGACUGAAGAAAGAUUCAGAGUCAAACAAAAAGAUACUGAGGAACAAACAGACAUCAUGCCACUGAAAGAGGAGUGCAUAGUACCGAAUGAAACGGAAGAGAAAGGACAGUAUGAGACUCAUCAUGAUUUUAAAACAGAAGAAUCUUCCGGUUGGCCACAGAUUAAAGAGACUUUCUCACAAAAAGAACCGCUCGUAAAACAGGAACUACAAGUUAUUUUACCCCUUUGCACUGUGAAAAUAGUUUCAAUGAACAAGGAAACCUUAAAAGUCCACAUGAGAGUUCAUCCUGGAGGGAAGACUUUUACCUGCCCUGAGUGUGGAAAGAGUUUCAGUCAGAAAGGAACUCUUAACAGGCACAUGAGAAUUCACACGAGAAAGAAGCCUUUUACCUGCCAACAGAGUGGAAAGAGUUUCAGUCAAAAAGGAACUCUUAACGUCCACAUGAGAAAUCACACGAGAAAGAAGCCUUUUACCUGCCCUGAGUGUGGAAAGAGUUUCAGUCAAAAAGGAAACCUUAAAGUCCACGUGAGAAUUCACAUGAGAAAGAAGCCUUUUACCUGCCCUGAGUGUGGAAAGCGUUUCAGUCAAAAAGGAACUCUUAAAGUCCACAUGAGAAUUCACACGGGAAAGAAGCCUUUUACCUGCCCUGAGUGUGGAAAGAGUUUCGGUCAAAAAGCAACUGUUAAAGUCCACAUGAGAGUUCACACUGGAGGGAAGCCUUCUACCUGCCCUGAGUGUGGAAAGAGUUUCAGUCAAAAAGGAACUCUUAAAGUCCACAUGAGAAUUCACACGAGAAAGAAGCCUUUUACCUGCCCUAAGUGUGGAAAGAGUUUCAGUCAAAAAGGAACUCUUAAAGUCCACAUGAGAGUUCACCCUGGAGGGAAGCCUUCUACCUGCCCUGAGUGUGGAAAGAGUUUCAGUCGAAAAGGAAACCUUAACAGGCACAUGAAAAUUCACACGAGAAAGAAGCCUUUUACCUGCCCUGAGUGUGGAAAGUGUUUCAGUCAAAAAGGAACUCUUAAAGUCCACAUGAGAAUUCACACGAGAAAGAAGCCUUUUACCUGCCCUAAGUGUGGAAAGUGUUUCAGUCAAAAAGGAACUCUUAAAGUCCACAUGAAAAUUCACACGAGAAAGACGCCUUUUACCUGCCCUGAGUGUGGAAAGAGUUUCAGUCAAAAAGGAACUCUUAAAGUCCACAUGAGAGUUCACACGAGAAAGAAGCCUUUUACCUGCCCUGAGUGUGGAAAGAGUUUCAGUCAAAAAGGAACUCUUAAAAUCCACAUGAAAAUUCACACUGGAGGGAAGCCUCCUACCUGCCUUAAGUGUGGAAAGAGUUUCGGUCAAAAAGGAACUCUUAAAGUCCACAUGAGAAUUCACAUGAGAAAGAAGCCUUUUACCUGCCCUGAGUGUGGAAAGAGUUUCAGUCAAAAAGGAAGCCUUAAAUACCACAUGAGAAUUCACACUGGAGAGAAGCCAUACUCCUGUCUUCGGUGUGGAAAGAGUUUUACUCAUAAAGGAAACUUUAAUUACCACAUGAAAGUUCACCCUGGAGGGAAGCUUUCUACCUGUCCUAAGUGUGGAAAGAGUUUCAGUCAAAAAGGAAACCUUAAACUCCACAUGAGAAUUCACACUGGAGAGAAGCCUUACUCCUGUCUUCAGUGUGGAAAGAGUUUUACUCGAAAAGGAACUCUUAAAGUCCACAUGAGAGUUCACACUAGAGAGAGUCCUUGUUCUGCCAAGUGUGUGGAAUGAGCUUCAUUCAUAAAGGAUUACUUAAUGAACACAUGAGAAUUCACGCUGGAUAAAAGUGUUACGUGUGCCAUCAGUGUGGAAAAGGUUUCAAACAAAAUGGAACCCUUAAAGUGCACAUGACAAUUCACACUAGAGAUAAAUCUUUUACAUGCCCUCAGUGUGGAAAGAGUUUCGAUUUACAUGGACGCCUUAAAUCCCACAUGAGAGUUCACACUGGAGAGAGUCCCUUCACCUGCCAACAGUGUGGAAAAAUUUUACUCAAAUAUCAAACUGUAACAGUCACAUGAGAAGAGUACAUGGCAUAUUUUCAACACAAACUUGAUCAACACACGAGGAUUCGUUUGAGAGAACUGUUUUGUCAUCAGUGUGGAAGGAGUUUCUCAGACAGGAAUCCUGUAAUAAUGCUAUGAUGUGUAGGAAGCUCAGAAGUGAAGACCAGGGCCCGUUUUCUUAAAGAUUCUAAGAAUCCUUUCAGAGAGCUCCUAAUUUAUCUUAAAAAUUUCUACAUAGGAGUCUUAGCUUAAGAGCAAUUCAGGACCAAUCUGAGAGCAACUCUGAGCGAGGAAAAGACAAAAACUUUCAUCUUAGUGAGGAGGCGGGGCUGACCCCAUUGCUACGUCUGACACAGUCUUUUGAAGACUGUGAUUGGCUGGUUUUUCAAAGGGAAAACGAGAGAGUGCUUUAGUGUUUAUUAUAAGUCUUCACUUUGAAAUUACAAGAAUUCUGUAACUGAACUCACAUUUUCAGGACUCACAACUGCAUUCUCAGAAAGCACGCGCUGUAUGAACUGGACAACUAGUGCGAGAGAGACGCUCAUGUGUGGUUUCACUUUGGGCACAGCGACGGAGAAAUGAGCCGUGUGUCAUCUGAAGGUUUUUAGAUCCAGUCACUGUUCUCCACCGGAGUAGUUUCCGUCAGUUUUGUUCUGUGCGUCACAGUGCGUGUGACUCAAAUGCAGUGUCAUGAGCGAGACGCAGAAAAGGAUGCGAGUGUAUAUACGGGCUUGACUGUCGUUGCACGUUCAUACAGACAGUAUUCAAGACGCUAAUGUAAGCUGCUGUUUGAACGGGACAUUUCGAGUCUGUAAGGAAAUGCAGUUGUCAAUCCCUAAAAAAACUGACCGUGUGAACGUGGCCAUAAAUUAAUGUAGUGAUUACUUUCUGGCGCUAUGGCAUUUUUAAACUGUGUCUGAGAUGUUAGCGUGUCUCUAAUAAUAUCGGUCACAAACAUGAUCACUACACGAUCUAAUGUGUAGUGUCUUAUUAACUCACUGUCAUGUAUUGUGUGCAAUGCAUUUCUUCUCCCUCUUCACGUUUCGUUGAUUUUCUCCACUGCUAAAAAAAACUCUUAAGCCUCUUAAAAGUCCUCGUCAGUACUCCUAACAAUUUUGGACCUUAAGAGCUGUAGGGUAUCAGACCGAAUCAGACAAUUUAAGAUCCGAUCAAGAACAUGGUUGAAACACAAGG